GCGUCAGGUACUGUAGCAGAGCUGCCCCUCCGCCCUCUUCUCCCUCCUUCCCCACGACGGAGGCCAACACCAUAUAAAGGGUAGCCAGCCCCAGAGGAGAAGCACCACAGCGCAUAUAGCUAGCUCCGCUUCGCAAGCAAGAACAUCUCAUCGAACGAUCGACUCUAAAAUUUCCUGCCGAUCCUUCGAUUCAUCUGUGAUCGAUCGCACCUCUCGCAAGCAAGAACCGGCCUCUCCCGACACGUCGUGUCCAUGGAGGUGGAGGCGGUCAGCUGCGAGUGCUGCGGCCUGGAGGAGGAGUGCACGGGCGACUACAUCGGCGGCGUGCGGGCCUAUUUCGGGGGCAGGUGGCUGUGCGGCCUGUGCUCGGAGGCCGUCAAGUACGAGGCCGGCAAGUGCGCCCGGGGAGCCGGCGCCGGCGCCGCCGCGCCGCCCGACGUGGAGGAGGCCGUGCGCGCGCACAUGGCCAUCUGCCGGACGCUCAAGGGCCGCGGCGGGCCCGCGGGCCGCGUCGCCGACGGCAUGUGCCAGAUGCUGCGCACCGCGUCCUGGAAGAAGACCGCGUCGUCGUCGUCGUCCGCCGCCGCGUCGUCGCCGAGGGGCCCGGCCGGCCCACCACCGCGCCUCCACCGCCUCGCCGCUGUCCGUCGGCCUCUGAUAUCGUGAUCGCGCGCGCCGCGGACCGGGGCCGAGAGGCAGGCGGCGGCGCUGCAUGCAUGCGCAUGGCUCUCUUUGACUGAGGUGUGCAACCCUGGCUAGCUUCGCGUUCCUUUCUCUCCUCGAUCGACAACUUGUUGCUACUCGGCCUAGGGCACUACUGCUACCGGCGUUCUUGACUAGUACUAGCUAGACCGCCAUGGAUCGAUCUUCGCAGCUUCUAUGUAAGUUUUUUUUUUUUUGAUCCAGUGUGUAUAUAUAUGAUAUAUGUAAGGAUCGGACCACCAAUCAAGCCUUUGAUAUGAUGGCUUAGUUUGAUCAAUUGAGAAAUCAAAAGGCGUUUAUGCAUCGGAUA